AUGAACAUCGGGCGCGCGCAGAAAGCUGGCAAUGAGCAGCUGGAGAAGGCCCUCACGUAUUUAUACAACGUGAUGAACAGGGAAAUCGAAUCCAAGGUGCCCGUAAUAAAUCGGGUCCUGAGCCGUUGCCUAAGCACAGAGGACUCCGACGCGCGUCGUGAGCUACUUGCAGCCUACUACUCGGACAAAAACGGAGAGGAGGAAGCUAAGAAGCGGCCAAAGUCUACGGCAAAUGCCAUUGUGGGUUUGGUCUCCGAGGCCUCGACAGAUGCGCAGCCGGGCCUGGACGUGAACAGUGCUUUGCAACGGAUUCGCGGCGUGGCGCUGGAUGUCGGCGUGGUGCUUGGGGAGGUCUUCGAUGAUAAGGUUCAGGAGCGGUUCAUGGAGGACAUUCAGCCUCUGUUCGAUGCGCUGGCUGCAGAGACGAGCGCAUCUUAG